GCGAACGCUAGCUGACCGAGAAGUACCUGUUUUCCAACGGGCUCUUGCCACUCACUAUAUAAUUAAUCUCAAAGAUGUCAUACAAGGUUGAAGCUCUGCCGGACUCGUACGCCCAGUUGGGCGAGGGCCCGCACUGGGACGAGGCCCGCCAGAGCCUCUACUUCGUGGACCUGGAAUCGGCCGGCAUCAACCGCUACGACUUCAAGCAAAACAAGAUCUACAAGGCCAAAAUAGAGGGCGAGAAGUGGGCCACCUUCAUCCUGCCCAUCGAGGGCAAGCCCCAGCAGUUCGCCGUGGGCUGCACCCGGCGCGUGGUGGUCGUCGAGUGGGACAGCUGCUCCCCGGUGGCCAAGGUGAAGUGCACGCUGUUCGAGGUCCAGGCAGACGCCAAGGAUAACCGCCUGAACGACGCCAAGACUGAUCCCGAAGGUCGUUUCUUUGGCGGCACCAUGUUCGAUGGCAAGGGCGACAUCUUUACCCAGUUUAAGGGUCAGCUCUACAGCUGGCAGCCUGGUGGCCCGGUGAACGUGGUCAGGGACCAGGUGGGCAUCUCCAAUGGACUGGCCUUUGACGCCAAGGCCAAGAAGUUCUACUACGCCGACACCAACAAUCUCGAGGUAGUGGCCUACGACUACGACCAGUCCACGGGCGCUAUUUGCAAGCCCAAGGUCAUCUUCGAUAUGAGGUGCAUCCGUCCAGAGGGACCUCUCUUCCCCGACGGCAUGACCAUCGACACUGAUGGCAACAUCUACGUGGCCACUUUCAACGGAGGCACUGUCUUCAAGGUCGACCCAAGAUCGGGCAAGAUUCUGCUGGAAAUCAAGAUCCCCACCAACCAGAUCACCUCUGCGGCCUUCGGAGGACCCAACCUGGAUAUCCUUUAUGUGACGACAGCCGACAAGUAUGAUCAGCCCAAGCCAGCGGGCACCACCUACCAAGUGACGGGGCUCUGUGCGAAGGGUUACCCGGGGGUCAAUCUUAAACUAUAUAAAUAAAAAUAUAUU